CCGAAACUCAAACUCAACCUCGCUGAUGAGUGCAAUCGUACAUCCAGCUGUGCAACAUCACCACGUUCAACAUUCAAGACGCAUUCUCUAUCUUACCUCAACCUCUCCAAUACGUCUUCUUCGUAUUUUUACCUGCAAACGCAUUGGCCUCAGCCUCGUCCUUUCCUUGGUCUUCAUCGCAGCGUUCCUGAACAUCUCUGCCCGGAUUGACUACUCUUUAGACCUGCAGAUUCUCAACAAUAAUCAUCGUCCUGACGGAGGUUCGCCAAUAUUCACCACCUUCGGUACUUCUUUCAAAGUAAGAAAAGUUGCUCGCAAGAUGGCCAGCCAGUUUCUGUUAAUUUUUCAAAGGCACCUGUAUCAUGUACAACUGCACUCUUCUGACAACAUCACUGUCGACGGUGAGCCUUCCGGCUCGCACUAACCCACC